AUGGAGAAGACCUGCACGGCCACCAUAUACUUACCCUUGGUGCUCAGGAAAGGUGGCAAUGCAUACUGGUAUCUUCUGUCCUUUCUUUUUGCCAUUCGUGAGAUCAACCAGAAUCCCUGGGUUUUGCCCAAUGUCACCCUGGGUUAUGACAUCUAUGAGAACUAUUAUGACGCACGAAUGACCUCUGAUGCCCUGGCAGACUUGCUCUCCACCGGAGAGGCAAAUGUUCCAAACUACAGGUGUGGGAGAGAAAAGAGGUUGCUGGCUGUGAUUGAAGGGGCUGAGUCUGACAUUUCUGAGCAGAUUUCCACCUUGUCCAGCCUCUACAAAAUGCCACAGGUCAGUUACGGUUUUGUGUCUGAGACUCUGAAUGAUAAGACUCGGUUCCCCUUCAUCUACCGGUUGGUCCCCAAAGAAGAUUACUUGUAUUGGGGCAUUGCCAAAUUGCUCCACCAUUUUGGGUGGAACUGGGUCGGUCUCCUUGCACCAGACACUGAAAACGGAGAAAGAUUCCUACAGACUUUGAACCCCAUAUUAACCAGGAGCACAAUUUGCGUGGCCUUCUCCGUGAGCAUCCCAAUGUUGCCCUGGAAAAUGGGACUGCUGUCCAAGGAACCAUCUACCAUGUGGAAUCAUGCCUUUGAUUGCUUGUAUUCUAAACUCUUAUCCUCUGUGAAAGGGCGGAUGAGGUGCCGGGAGAAAGAGGAUCUGGAGACCCUGCCAGAAGAGGUGCUGGAAAAAACCCUCUCUCUGGACGGCUACGGUAUUUACAACCUUGCCUGGGCAGUUGCUCGGGCUUCACACGCUGCAUACUUAUCCAGGUCCAAGUGGAAAGCAAAGAAGGAAAGGGAUCACAGGCUGGUCCUUCAGGCGUGGCAGCUUCAUUCUUUCCUGGGAGAUGCCCACUUCUACAAUACUGGCAUGGAUGGAGUGUAUCUAGAUGAGAAAGGGGAUCUCGCUGCCAAAGUUGAUAGUGUGAAUUGGGUGCCCUUUCCCAAUCAGUCUUUUGGGGCAGUGAAGUUUGGGAGGAUAGAUAGACCAUGGGGGUCGCAAGAUCUGGAAUUCAUCCUUGACCAGGAGGCCACAAAUUGGUCCCAGCAGUUUAACCAGUCCCUCCCUCGCUCCAGGUGUACCGAAAGCUGUCACCCCGGCCAAGCCAAGGUGGUCCUAGAAGGAAGGCCUCUCUGCUGCUACGGGUGUGUCUCGUGUGCAGAAGGCUCCAUCUCCACUCAGGAAGAUGCCGAGCAGUGCAGAAGGUGUCCAGCAGAUCACCGUCCAAAUAAGGAGCAAGACAAAUGCCUCCCCAAGGAGGUCACCUUCCUGUCAUACCAAGAAGACUUGGGGAUGAUCCUGGCUUCCUUUGCCCUCAUCAUGUCUUUGGUCACAGCCUUGGUUUUAGCAAUCUUCAUCAGAUUCUUAGAAACUCCCAUAGUCAAGGCCAACAACCGGGACCUCUCCUACAUCCUCCUGGUCUCUCUGCUGCUUUCCUUCUUGACCUCCCUUCUCUUUAUUGGCUGUCCAAGACCGGCCACCUGCCUGCUCCGACAAACCGCCUUCGGCAUCAUCUUCUCCAUUGCCGUCUCUUCUGUCUUGGCCAAAACAAUCACAGUGGUGCUGGCUUUCCUGGCCACGAAUCCUGGGAACACCAUGAGGAGAUGGCUGGGAAAAACUCUGGCCAACUCCAUUGUCCUUUCUUGCUCCAGUCUCCAAGUUGUCAUCUGUAUCAUCUGGCUGGGAGUUUCCCCCCCAUUCCCUGAAUCUGACCUGCACUCCCAGCCAGAGAAGAUUGUCUGGCAGUGCAAUGAAGGCUCUGUGGCCAUGUUUUAUGGUGUCCUUGGCUACAUGGGCUUCCUAGCUGCCAUCUGCUUCAUGGUGGCUUUCCUGGCCAGGAACCUGCCCGGGGCCUUCAACGAAGCCAAGCUGAUCACCUUCAGCAUGCUGGUCUUCUGCAGCGUCUGGGUCUCCUUUGUGCCCACCUACCUGAGCACCAAGGGGAAGUACAUGGUGGCCGUGCAGGUCUUCUCCAUCUUGGCCUCCAGUGCUGGCCUGCUGGGCUGCAUCUUCAUCCCCAAGUGCUACAUAAUAUUGUUACGACCUGAUCUGAAUACAAAGGAGCACUUAACGACACAAACUAGAGAUAGUUUGAACAGGAAUGCAAAAGACUCCUAUCCUUCUCAUAACCCUCUGAAAGGUUGUCACAGUCGGAUUCCCUCUAGAUCUUCUGGGAGAGUUAACUUUGGUGGAUCUGUCUGA